AUGGCAAUGGACGGAGGUGUAUCAGCAUUUGGCUCCAUCUUCAACGCAUCAUGGAAGAUCGCAACGGUGGUCUACGAACUCAAGGCGGUGGGAGAACAAACACGAGAUCUGCUCGACACCACCAGCCAAGUCAGUUCAACGCUACAGCACGCCCAGGUGCUGCGACGACAGCGAUCAGGUCUGUUGAACAGUACGGAGAAGAAGUGGAUCGAUGAUGUUUUGCAAGCGAGUGAAAGGGCGGUGGGCAACGUCGCAGCGCUGAUUGAACCGGCGCGGGUUGACAUGCAAACCAAUUUCAGUAAGAUCAAGCUGCUCACUCGCUCGCAAUUCAUCUUGCGAGACUCGCCGAAAGUGCAAGUCCAAUUGGGUCGACUGGGAAUUGCAGCGCAGGGUCUCAACACUGCCAUGGGAGUGCUGUGCCAUCGAGAUGGGUCUGUAUCAUCAGUCAAGACUCCAACUGAGGGCGGCGCUCUCAAGAAAGCCGACAGCGGUGCCAGUGAGAAUGAACUCAAACCUCCUCCGAGCUACGAAGUGGUCGAGCUGCUGGAUAGACGGCGAGAGAGUCUACUAAAGCGACGAGCAUCGAAGUUGCCCAUGAACAACGACGAAGAGAUGAACAAAGCUGCAAUGUCGGACGGGGAUCCAAUUUCCGACCCAAUGGUCAACGUCAAUGUGACGGAAGUACAGCCAACACCCAUGACAUCUCCUCAACCGGAUCAUGACAAAUACGCUGGAUCAGACGGCUUGCAGGUGGUUGAGAAUCAAUGGAGUCAACCUAUUCCUGGAGCCGAUGGCAUGCAAGUGGUCGAGAAUCAGUGGAGUAAACCAGGCACAGGUGCCGACGGCUUGCAGGUGGUCGACAAUUACCCAAGCAGACCAGAUCCGUCUUCCAGAAGUCCGCCCGUGUCCUUAUAUUCAAGCCCGUCAACAACAUCACUUCCCCCAGCUUACUACCAACAUCCUGUCUCCAGCUCUCGCUCUCCAUCGUGUCAGACAUUGAAUCCGAACACCAAUUAUUUUCCCUACACACCACCACCACCACCACCACCACCACCAAAUUCCUGGCAACAGCAAACAGUCUACAAUCACCCUCCACCAUUGUCAACAUCACCAUCAGUUUCAACCUUACGUUCACAGUACAGACCACCAGGUCCACCCUCCCCUCAACCGCCAUACUCCUUCAAUGCCCCCCAACCAAACGCCCAAAUCCAUAACGCCAACUACAAUCCCAAUAUUUACAAUUUACCCCCACCCGCAUCCAUAACAACAUCACCGAUGUCAUACCACCCCUCACCAAACCUAACAGCCUGUUCCUCAGACCCCAACCCAACCUCAAAUCUCAAUCUCUACCCCCGGCCCCUCUCACGCUCCUCCAUCCAAACCGAAGAACUCUCCACCAUAACCCCCCAGCAACACCAACACCAACAGGCACAGCAACAAACAGCACCACGACAAAGAGGCCGAGCACGUGGCCGAGCCUGGCUAGAGCACCAGUUAGAACGAUAG